UGUCCCUCGGACACAGCGGAUUACCGAUCCCGGAAAGAGCCGAAGAUGUCGGCUCGGUCAUGUGAUCAGCUGUGUCCAAUCACAGCUGAUCACAUGGCACUGAUGAUCAGUGUGCCCUGAUGAUCAGUGUAGCCCCAGCAGUGCCACCUGUCAGUGUCCAUCAGUGCCUUGUGCCAGUGCUCAUCAGUGCCUCGUGCCAGUGCCCAUCAGUGCCACAUAUCAGUGCCUACCAGUGCACAUCAAUGCCACAUAUCAGUGCCCAUCUGAGCUGCCUUUCAGUGUCACCCAUCAGUGCCAGUCAGUGCCACCUAUUAGUGCUGCCAAUCAGUGCCAGUCAGUGCCGCCUAUCAGUGCCAGUCAGU